AGUUAAAUACUUGUGAAAAUGAUGAAACCUAGUUUAAUGAUUGGAUGUAUUGCUGGAUUCUUUUUAUUCUUUUGGGCUUUUAUGCUCGGCUCAAACUACCCUGGCAUAAUGGCGAACAGUUUAGAAUUUUUGAAAAAUACUGAUAAUUCUAAUAAAAACAAUGUACAACCACAAGAUGAGUGUUCCUGUGCGCUUCCUCCCUCCAAGGUGGAUGCUAUUGGUGGAUGGGUUUAUAGUAAAGAAACAAUUCAGAAUCAUCACACCAGAUUUGAUGACGGUAUGGGUAAAGAAAUUGUAAGACUUGUUUUGAAAAAUACUCCUAAAAAAGAGAAUGGUAAGAAGCCAACUAUUGGUGAUAUAGGAGCUGGUGUGGGUCAGUUUGGAGCCUGGUUAAACUCGAAGGGUGAAAAAUCUGUAGAAUGGACUGGAUUUGAUGGUGGAAGUAAUGUGAAUUCCUUCUGCGGUAAAAAUGUUUCCCUCCAAAAUAAUGAUGUUAUAAAAGUUCCCAAGGUGUGUUACCUAGAUGCCAGCAUACCUGUAAAUUUAGAAAAUUUUGAUGCGCUUGGCGCCCCUUUUGACUGGGUUGUGAGUAUAGAAGUAGGAGAACAUAUCCCAGCAGAAUACAUGAUGAUCUAUAUAGAUAAUUUGAUUCGGCUGAGCAAGUAUGGAAUUAUUAUCUCCUGGGCAGUAGUUGGACAAGGUGGACAUGGACAUGUUAAUACAAGAUCUAAUGAAGAUAUUAUUCAGAAAAUGGUUGACAGAAGUUUGGUUUAUCUCCCUAAAGAAUCUGAAGCUGUGAGGAGCAGGAUAGAUAGGUUGGAUUGGCUCAGGCAUACUGCUAUGGUGUUUGGAAAAGUAGACGGCAUGGAUGCUUAGUAACUAUCUGUGACAAACAAGAAACACUAGAGUAAUAUUAUGGAUUAAUGCCAUAGAGAAUAGAAUAUAUAUUAGAGGGGAAUUUACUAGAAAAAAGUGUAAAACGGCCAU